AUGCCUCGGUUCAGGGCGAAGCCUUCCAAAAAGGCACGACCAUCAUCAAUAUCCUCUCGGAAGAAGCAGGGCAAGGUCAAAACCAAAGAAAACACCUCGGAUGACCGCGCCGAGCGAAGCCCUCAGCAUGCCAUCGACAGCGAUCGGCUUAUCGAUUCGAAAGGCAAGCAGAGGGAGGUCGUCGACACUGUGCACUUGGCCGCAAGAGCCGACCCAUCCGACACACCUUUCCUUCCUGGCCUGAUGGUGCCCAGCUCGAUCGCCUCUGUCUCUUCAGCAACAUCUACUCCUACCACCACUACCUCUCCUACCUCAACUGCGGUCACCAACCCGAUUGCCACACUUCAUCACAACACCCCACUCAUCCUGUGCAUCGUUGUAGGUGCCGUGGUCGUAAUAGCCACCCUUUCUGUCGGACUCGCCUGGGUUUUGCGUCUCGCCUGCUGUGCGGGCGACCGUCGAGCCAGGCGCAAGCGAAAACUCGACCGAGCCACCUGGAGCCCCUCUGCCGACGUCUCCAAGGACCACACAGAUAAGGCUGAGGAGCGCAACUCGUUCGACAGCGUCACUGUCACCGCCGACGACGACGUCAACGCGAAAGACGUCAAGAUCGAUCUUCUCUUCAGCGACACUGCUAAGGAUGGUGCGCAGGUGACUCGCGACGUGCCGGUGCUGGGCUAUGCUGACAACGGCAAAGCGCCCAGGAGCACGUGGAACGGCAAGGGAUGGACUCUGUUUGACCCUCCUGUUGCCGCUAUCCAGCCUCCAGAGCCCGCAGCGACGAGUACACCGACAGCCGCUGUGCGAGGCGGUAACUACGGAGCUGCGAGGCAGGAGCUUGCCGAUCGCGAUGUGGGCGGCUUCACCUGGCCUGCCUCUGUUCAGCGCCAGCCCAGCUUCAUCGAGCGUCUUGUGCAGCGACACCACCAAGCAUCCGAUCUGCCCACAGCGGCGCCGUCUCUGCCAUAUCCAUUCCAGGCCAAGCCGCCGCAGCCCGCCUCGCGCAUGGCGAGUCUCGGUGGAGCGGCCAAUCGUGCGGUCUUAAACAUGCUGCCUGUCACGCUGCGCAAUGCUGCGACGACUGCGUCGCGACAGCGGGCCACGCGAAAGCGAUAUAACGACAUGCAGCCCUAUCUGGACAGUGAUUUCGAGGGAACCAUUGGCGGCAAAGAUCGGGAACUGCCCAUGGCACGGCGCCUUCGACGUGCCGAGGAGCGUAUGGCUGUCGACUGGACGACUGAGGAGGAAGGUGACGCAUCCGCUUUGGAGGACAACGGAAAGCUUCCACUACACAACAAUGCGCACACCUUCCCUCGGGUGCAACCGGUCUUCGUGCCUACUCCAGUCCUGAAUCCGCAAGGCAAGGCCGCCGUCGAGUUCACCCCGGGAUUGGCCGGAGUGGGAGCUGCCUGGUCAAGACGAGGUUCUCAACAGCCUCUGCUCCCAGCAUCCGACGCCGCCGGCGUGGUUGGCCGCGCAUCGAUGGCGACGGAGCGCUUGCCCAAAGUGAUCGGGCCCAAUCGUGCCUCGCUACUGCCCUUCCCCGAGUUGGAAGGAGACCGACGCACAAGGCUGCUCGGAAGCGUCGGACGCUGGCUGGGCCAUGUGACAGAAGCGGGCGAGACUGCCGACCCAUACACGGCGCUGUCUCCACGUCCCGAUCGCAGGAUCACCAAGAACGGCAGUCUGCGCAGCGACUACACUUCGACAACGCUCGCCGACUCGACUGCCUCCAAUUCCGAAACGCACAUCGAUGCGCGAACGAGCACCAGCGGCGCUGGCAAGUCCGAGCGUUUAUUGGAGCGGGUCGACGCCGAUCAGGCUGAGCACGACCGUCAGCAGCGGCGAUUGCUGCGCAAGGCGCGUCUCUUCGCUCCCACCAGCGUGCCGGUUGAUCUGGAAGCGCAGCAAGCUACCGCUGUCAAGUCCGAUUCAGACAGCCCAGCCGGAGUCAAUGUGAGCCGUGCGCCCAGCAUCCGACCUCAAUUCUGUGCCACUACGGACCUGAAAAGCUGGCUGGAGCCGGGCAAGGUCUCGACUACACAUGGCUUCAAAGUGCUAGAGGCACACGAAGCGGCCAGCAGCGUAGGUGUUGAUCCGUUUGCUUCCGAUGCUGACUGUGGCAAGACCAAGCCUUUGCCCUUCGAUGUUCGUCCCGUCAAGCCGAAGCUGAGGUCAUCCAGCUCUAAGCAGCAAUUGCGCUCGAGUACGAAGGACGCCAGUCGACAGAAGCGAGAGAUGGCGCGCUCAACCAACACGGGCCUGGCCAAGAAGGCCAGCCACGACGCUCUCGCUUCGGGCUGCCAGAGCUCGGCUGCCAUCACCGUGGUGUCCUCCGUAUUUGACGAGGCGUUUGCUGCCCAGCUGACCAAGUCGAGCGCUGCCAAGAAGGCUGCGCGAUCUUCAGAGAGGGACGACGACGCCAAAUUCAAGGCCAAAGCCGAGGCGGAUGCAGCGAUGCGCGAAGCGUGGAGGCGACGAAGGAUGCUGUCGCUCAGCUCACGUGGCAGUCAGCGAAGCCGCACUAAGCGCACAACUCGCACCCAGUCAGACAGCGCCAGUGCUCUGCUAAGCCGUCAAGAGAGCUUGCUGUCUCAGCCCAGUGUCUAUUCGGAGCUGACGGCGCCUUCGGACUACGCCUUCCGGGCACCGCUCUUUUCGGAUACCGCUCGAAGCGCUAUGUUGACAAGCUGUGGUGCAAGCACAGUCGAUGAUGUGCCUGAAGAGGCGGAUGCGGAUCAGGAGCGGCAGCUGAAUGCAAAGACCGACGCGAUGAGGAAGAAGGAGGAAGAGGAGGAAGUGCAGAUCAAGAAGCAGCUCAAGAAGCAGGCCAAGAAGGAGGCUAAGCGCGAACAGAGACGUGCAGAGCGACAGAAGGCAAAGCAAGCUGCCGCAGCUGCUACUGCCGCCUCGAGGCCGGUCGUGGAACCGCCUUCGCUUGGCUGGCAUCGAAGUGUCCCUGCCAACCUGUCGACUACGAAUGGCGACGCUGAAGCAGUCAGACGUGUCAUCAGAAAGCAACGCUCCGUCUCACUCGGGGCUGCACGAAGCCAGUUUGCGAUGAUUUCUGCUGACGAUGAUCACGCUACUGCUACUGCUCCGGACUCGCCGUGGACGUCGAGCGAUUCCGACAUCAGCAUUCGUCGAUGGGGAGAGCCUCGUCGAGACGAUUCGGUCCGCCUUCACACUCGUGGUGCGCGCCACCAUCACUCCAACUCGACCCCCGCUGGACUGACCGAUGCAGCGGCAAAUUCCAACAGGCGGAUGCAAUCCAACCAGGCCCGCUCCAAUAGCUACUACUUUGGAAUGGGUGCCGGAAGCGAUCUGAGAGAUCUUCGCUGA